GCAUGCUGGGAGUUGUAGGCAGGUGCAUGCUGGGAGUUGGCCAGUGUGUGCGGCCAGCGUGCGGGGCAGGAGCAGAGACUCCGGCUCCGACAGCGGCCCCCCCCGCCAUGCCGGCCCCAUGCUCUGCCUGCGGCGCCAGCCCGGCUGCCCUGCGGCGCCCCAAGACGGGCCACGCCCUGUGCCGCGCCUGCUUCCUGGCGGCCUUCGAGGAGGAGACGCACCAGGCCAUCGUGGCCGGGCGGCUCUUCCGGCCCGGCGAGACCGUGGCCAUCGGCGCCUCGGGCGGCAAGGACUCCACGGUGCUGGCCCACCUGCUGCAGCUCCUUGACCAGCGCCACAGCUACGGCCUGCGCCUGCUGCUGCUCUCCGUGGACGAGGGCAUCGCCGGCUACCGCGACGCCUCCCUGGCCGCCGUGCGCCGCCACCAGCGCCGCUCCGGCCUGCCCCUGCACGUGGUCUCCUACCGCCAGCUCUACGGCUGGAGCAUGGACCGCAUCGCCCGCCACCUCGGCCCCCGCAACAACUGCACCUUCUGCGGCGUCUUCCGGCGCCAGGCCCUCGACCGGGGCGCCCUGCUGAUGGGUGCUGACAAGAUCGCCACAGGGCACAACGCGGACGACGUGGCUGAGACGGUGCUGAUGAACUUCCUGCGGGGCGACGUGGGUCGGCUGCGCCGGGGGGCGGGAACAGGGCCAGCGGGUGGGGAGGGGGCCGUGCCCCGCUGCAAGCCCCUGCGCCAUGCCUACGAGAAGGAGAUCGUCCUCUACGCCUAUUUCCAGGGCCUGGACUACUUCAGCACUGAGUGUGUCUACGCCCCCCAGGCCUACCGCGGCUACGCCCGCGCCCUGCUCAAGGAGCUGGAGGCCGCCCGGCCCAGCGCCGUGGCUGACCUGGGCCACUCGGGCGAGCGGCUCUCGCUGCGCUCCGACCUCCGCAUGCCGGCCCGCGGCACCUGCCAGCGCUGCGGCUACGUGGCCAGCCAGCCCCUGUGCAAGGCCUGCGUCCUGCUGGAGGGGCUCGACCGCGGCCUGCCCAAGCUGGGCAUCGGCAAGCACCGGCGCCUGCGGGACAAGCUGCGGGACGGGCAGCCCCUCACCCAGGAGGAGCGCAGGCGUCUGGGGGCUCCGGCCGAGGGGGAGCCGCCGGAGGAGCAGGAGCCUCGGGGGGAGCUGGGGACAGAUGAGGAGCCGUGGGGCAGACGGGAGCUGAGGGGCCCACAGGACCUGGACUUCUGAAGUGGUGUGGGGUGUGCCACUGAGACCAGCCAUGCUCCUGUCCACAGCCCCACUCGGGGGCCGGGGGGGAGUGGGAUCCAAUGGGAUCCAAUGGGGGAGAUGGGAGCCAGGACUUCUGCGUUCUCUCCCUGGCUCUGGGAGGGGAGUGGGGUCUCGUGGUUACAGCAGAGGGGGCUGGGAGCCAGGACUCCUGGGUUCUAUUUCCAUGUCACUGUGUGACUAGGUAAGUCACUUUUACCUUGCUGUGACUCAGUUGCUCCCUCCCACCCCCCCAGAAUUGAUAUAAUGCAGCUUAUAUUUUGUAAACUGCUUUGAGAGCUGUUUAUAAGUGCUCAGUAUGAAGAAAUGGCUCAUGGUUCUCUUCUGUACCAGGAGAUUACAAGGACAUGUGAAAGAGCUGAUAAUAAAACUGUUUUCUGAAGAAGAAAUCACGCGGUAAACAGCCUCUCUAAUCUUUGGCAAUCACAUAACAAAAGCCAGCCAGGCCCUUAAAAACUAAAAACCCGGCUCGCAAGUUUAAACUUAGACAGGGCUGCUUGAGAUAUUUGGAACAAAAUAGGGGUUUUUCUACCAAAAAAUGUAGAAACAAACAUUUGGAAACACCUGACUCCCAGUUUUUUGCAACAGGGUUGGACGUUGUUGAACUGCAAAGCUUCAUUUUUUUCCCAGUUGAAACAACUUUUUGGUUAGCAAUUUGAGCAAAUUCACACGUUAAUGGGGCAAAGGUCCAAACUUGAGAUGAGAUAUUUCAAAACGAUUGAAAGGAAACUGCUUGAGGGAUUGGAACUGAAGAAAAAGUUAUUCUCAUGUAAAUAUUAGAGAGUUUGGACUUUUCAGUCUGAUUUGGGGCUGGGUAAUUUUUUCCUGAAAGUCUUGGGGCAGGGGAAACCUACAGCCUUUGUGGCCUGAUUACACAGCCCCAGGUUUUGCUGGGUCACAGAUUGCCUGGUUCAAACCACAAGGGUCAGAGAUGAUGCGAAGAGUUUUACAGAAAUGAUUUUUAGUAAAUCCACCCUGUAGAAAUAAAUGGCAUGUAGGAACCUUUCUCUGCCAUUCCCAUUCUAUAGCGGGGAUGCAAUGUUCAUUUAUUCUCUAGAACAGGAAUUCUCAAACUGGGGGUCCCAACCCAAAAAGGGGGUGGCAAGGCUAUUAUAGGGGGGUUGUGAGACCUAGGGGUACCAUAUUUGAAGGACACUGUCAGAGGAAAAGGGGAACUGGUGCGGGGGUGGGUACAGCUUUCUGGCCGCCCAGCUCCGAAGGCAGUGCUGCCCUCAGCAGCAGUCAGGGUGACAGUGCCUUACACCUGGGAGAGGACGAGGUUUCACUUUUAUUACAACUCAGCAGCAAGAAGCGCGAAGUAGGGACUAGGAGGACAGUUUGCACGCCAGCGUAGCCUUUUAUUUCAUGUAACGUAUCACACCACCGUGGGUUCAGAUCUAGCGGCUACCGUUUCAAGCUUAACAGUGAAAGUCACCUGUGCUACGUGCUCUAGAUGUAGAAUCUCGAGGAACACAAAGACCAAGGGUAGAGACCACACAGACAUUCACAAGUACAAGGUCUAGUCUGUUUUAUAGGUUUUAUUAAAGUUAGUUAUUCUCCAAGCCGAUGGCAAUUCUAGACAGACCUACGCACAAGUUACAACUAUACCGGUAGUUACACUCACAUCCUCACCAAUAGCAUUAGGUCUGAUGGGUCUUAUGGUUUGAGCAGAGGGAUGGUUCCUGCUGGAGAUUCCCAUAGCGAGCUCAGUUUCCCCACUCUAGGCACCCUGGUUUUAUGUGAUUCUGCCUAUGGCGAACUUCUGCACAUGGACAUGAAAGUGUCACCCCUCUUUUCCCUUGUCAGUCCCCUACAAACUUAAGGGACCCCGAUUUCUAUAGGUUGUGUAGGCUCUCUUCGUUCUCAUUAGCAUUGACGCACAGCCUGUAUCCUGUGGUUAAGGCAUGUGCUGGAAACACGUGCCUUUACAGCAUUUUUAGGAUUUAAAAUUCAUCUUCCAGUACAUUUUUCUCAUUACCCCUUGGCCCCUCUUUCCCCCAUUAUCUUAGGGCAUCGGGUUUUUCUUCGCUCACUUACUUAUACUCAAUCAGCAUUUCUUAGCUCCAAGGCCUAAACUAGCUAAGCUAAAAUCUUUCAGGCCUCAGCCUACAGGUCUUGCAUUUCAACCCUACUGACUCAGACACUGAAUACGGGAUUCUUCCCUCUACAUACUGAUCAAUCGUAGACUUCUAUAGUCCUACGACUUAAGUAUUGAGCAUACAAUGAUUAUAUAGGACAGAACAUGUUAAUCAGAUCACACAAUAAAUGUGAACAAUAAUCUAAAAUCAUUGGCUAUACCAGGCCAGAGGGAGACGAGGACAGAGCUGAAGCCAAUGCAGGCUCCUACUGGCCCAGGUCCAGAGAGCAGGUAGGCACCGGGGUGGAGUGCGCCAGCGAUGCCCAGACAGAUGUGGCUGGGUUAGGGUUGCCAACCCUCCAGGAUUGGCCUGGAGUCUCCUGGAACUGGCAUUCAUCUCCCAGUGACCACUGAAAGCAAUCUGGGAAUUAUAAUAGGAUAUUUUAAGAACAUGAAACUGUGUCAUGUUGGAAAAAAAAAAUCUCCUGGAAUAGCUUCAGUCCCAGUUGGCAGCCCGAGGCUGGGUGAGGGAGCUGAUCUCCAGCUGGGCAGCGUAGGGAAGCCACUAGGGGAUUCAGCGCCAUUGAUUGCAGGAAUAAUGCGGACAUGUGUCAUUUACUGCUCCUGGGAGUAUGUCCAGUGAUUUGCUGUCACUUCGGUUGGGGGGCGGGGUAAUCCCAGCCUGAAAUAUAUUCAGAGGGGGAGCCCUGUUCCAGAAUGGGAUUAAAAACCAGCUGCCCUUUAGGACAGUACUAUUUUCCAUCUGCUUCUCUAGGCCGGAGUGUCUCAGUCUUUUCCGCACGGGAGCGCACCAUGGUCC